CCUCCUCCUGCCCUGCAUCCAGUCUGCUGCUGCUCUCAUCAGGGAUGUUGAAUUGGACACUAAACGCUCCACUAAGAGGAUAGAGAUACUCCUUAAACUCCUGGAUAACACUGAUAAUGAAGAUGCCAAAAUGUUCAUGCAAGGCUUGUCAAAACUCAUCAUCAGCCUCCUGAAAGAAAAAGAGGAAUCACAGACUGGUAUCUUGCCAACAAACUGGCUUUCUAAAGAAGCUGCCAGACCAGAGAAUGUUAGAAAGGCAGGAACGUUCAGACGUGCUGCCAUCCAGUGCCUUGAGAACAAAUUUGACCCCAGUAUUGGCUCGGGUUCUGGCUUUCCUAGACACCAGUAGGAACCUGGACUUCAUGCAUGAAGCUGAUGUUGCACCAUGGAUGAAAAGACUGUGGCUGGGAUUGCUAAACAACACCAAAAUAUGUCAAGACCAAUGUAAGAGGAUCAUCACACGUGGCAACCAGACCCAGCAGAGUGAGGUUGUACCACAUCAUUUUGGAGUCAGCAAAUUGGUGUUUACAGUACAGACACCAUUUUUCUGGCUUCUCUUUGAAGAUGUGAAAAUUGCCAUUGGACAGUCGGAAGAUAUUGGCAAGUCCUUUGAUCAAGAUUCGCCUGAAACUAUGAGUUAUGUUGAGAACAUUAUCAGCAAAACUCUUUAUGGCGAGGUCCUAAUGUCUGUUGUGAAAAAGGAAGAAAAGAAUGGUGUUAUAAAAGCAUACCUGAAAGAUUUUGUCCAUACAGAAUAUCCAGGGAAAACAGAUGAGUCUGAGAUUCUGUGUCAUGCCCUUGAGAGUGCAGCCCGACAGAGAGGAAGAGACCUGGAUUGUCUGGGGAUGAUACGAGCUGUAGUCUACAUCCAUGUUAUCCACUCUGCUGCCAAAGAGAGGCUACAGGUCUUCCUGGAAGUGAUCCAGAUCUGGCCGGAAGUUGUGAUGGCUGUGACUGAGUUGAAGGAGAGGGUAGGGGGAAACCCACUGCUCACAGAUGAUGAAAUGACUUUGGAUGUUCUGAGUCUGACACUUCUCAUGGAGCAGCUGGAGCCAAGUAAGGAUGAGCUGAACACAGACAAAGGCCGAUCAGACUGGAUGGGUCGUGUCAAAAUGUAUCUGCCUGUGAUAGGUAGAAUCCUCAGUACUACAGACACAGACCUUGCACACGGCAAUGUGUGUCUCCGGUACAUGGAUCAUGCCAGAUGCAGUUGGAUGCGAGUUAUGACCAUGAAACUGUUUCUGGAAAGUUUUACUGGAAACAAAAAGGUUCAGCUGGACAUGAGAUGCAUGCCUCUUUGGAAGAUGCUUGAUGACCAAACUGAUCUGACAAAACUGAAGUCCCCUUGAAAAAGUAGAGCGGUUCUUGAAAACAGUCAACAAAUCAGUUGUGAAGAAAAUCAGUGGAAAAGUGGAUACUUGCAGGCACUGUGAAACUGACUUUGAAGCACCACCAGUACAACUACCCUGCCAACAUGACAUCUGCCUACGAUGUUUCAAUGAUAUCCAAGCUACAAGGGAUUUGCGUUGUCCUAUUUGUAAUAA